CGUGCAGAGGCUGUGCUGCGAGUUCUCUCCUGCAGCAGGUGUGGGCUCUCCGAUGAGGUUGACAUUACAUGGUGUCAUAAGUGAUCUGAAGGCGCCAACCACUUGAACUUCCGGGAUCAAGUGAGGUUCCUGCACUUGAGUCCUUUGCACUGUUUGCUUCUGUGAGUCGCUGUAACUUUCAGUUUGAUUUUUACUACCCUUGGAUGCACUCUUGAUAUGGAGAAGAUUGAGGAACAAUUUGCUAAUUUGAACAUUGUUAAACGUUCCUCAGAAACUAAAGAGCCUACUUAUCUGCUUGGCAUAGACACAUCAAAGACUGUACAAGCAGAAAAAGGAAGCUUGGUUGCUGUCUUAUGUUCUAAUGGAUCAAUCAGAAUAUAUGAUAAAGAAAGGUUAAAUGUACUACGAGAAUUUAGAGGAUAUCCUGGACUUAAUGGAGUCAAGUUUGCAAAUUCCUGUGACAGCGUGUAUUCCUCAUGCACUGAUGGCACUGUAAAAUGUUGGGAUGCUCGAUUAGCCAGUGAAAAACCUGUCCAGCUCUUCAAGGGUUACCCUUCCAAUAUUUUUAUCAGUUUUGAUAUCAGCUGUAAUGAUCAUGUCAUUUGUGCUGGUACAGAAAAAGUUGAUGAUGAUGCAUUGUUGGUAUUUUGGGAUGCAAGAAUUAAUUCUCAGGAUUUGUCUACUACUAAAGACCCACUUGGUGCAUAUUCAGAGACACAUAGUGAUGAUAUCACUCAAGUAUGUUUCCAUCCCAGCAAUCCCAACAUGGUAGUCUCAGGUUCAACUGACGGCCUGGUAAAUGUAUUUGAUAUCACUAUUGAUAACGAAGAAGAUGCACUGGUUACAACCUAUAACUCAGUUUCAUCAGUAAGCUAUAUUGGUUGGUCUGGGAAAGAUUAUAAACAGAUUUACUGCAUGACACAUGAUGAAGGAUUUUGUUGGUGGGAUCUUAAUCAUCUGGAUACUGAUGAACCAAUUACAUGUUUGAACAUCCCGGAUGUCAGAGAAGUAAUUAAUGUGAAAGAAGGGAUUUUGGACUAUUUGAUUGGCGGCCUAUAUCAUGAAAAGACGAACAAAUUGUUUGUAGUUGGAGGAACAAACACAGGAAUUAUUCACAUAAUGAGCUGUACUACAUCAGGAUUGGUCCAUGUGACCAGCCUUCAGGGAGGGCAUGCUGCUACAGUCCGUUCUUUCUGUUGGAAUAUGCAGGAUGAUUCUUUGCUAACUGGAGGAGAAGAUGCACAGUUGUUACUUUGGAAACCUGGAGCAAUAGAGAAGAGGCUUACAAAGAAAGACAGCAUGAAAAUAGCAUCCUCUGUGUACCAGCGAGUUCGAGUUCAUAGUAAUGAUUCUUACAAGAGAAGGAAAAAGCAGUGAUGUUACAUUGGGCGUUUACUUGACAGGUUUUAUAGUUGCAAAUAAUUAUU